UACCGGCAGCCGCAGGCAGCCAGGCACCCCUCGCACUCUCCAUCGAUUCACCAGCAAAAAUUUCUCAGCGCCGGCCUCACGGCAGACCGGCCUCUGUAUCACUGCGCAACCGAUGGCUUCCUCCCCGUGGCCGCUCACCGCCGGUGCCGCCCCCGUCCCGCCGCCAGAAGCAGCAGCUGCUGCUGCUACCGCCGCCGCCGCCACCCCCGCCCCGACGUCGGAGCAGCACCGGGUUAAGGAGGAAGGAAACGCUGCCGCCGCGGCUGUACCGAAGCAGGAGGAGGAGGAGGAGGCCAAGCCCCACUUGCCGCGGGACGAUGACUCAGAAGCAGUAAUCCAAGAGCAUGGACAGAAGAUCAAUAGAUAUCAAGCAAUCCUUGCAGCCCGUCUGAAGGCCAAGUUUUUCUCCAAAAAGGCUUUUGACAGAGGGAACAUCUUUGAAUCAGAAACCAUUGUUGGAGGUGAAACAAUCCGGUCAAGCAGGUGGCCAUGUACAAGAUCGUUUGCAAACCCUGAAAUUUUUUCCCGCGACAAGAACAGCAAUGAGAAGGGAAAUUCUCCAUCUUCAGCAGCAGAUUCCUCUGCCAAGAACAACUCUCCACCCUUGGCUGGUGAAGCCUCACCAAAAAAUAAUGCUAGUGCUUCGGUCACAGAAAACAAUCUAACACCUGGAAAGAGACAGCAAUCCAAGAAGAAUUGACCUGAUGGAUUAAUGUAGGAUAAUCAGGUUAUGUUCUGUUCCUCUGUAGCCUGAGGCUAGCAACCUGAAGUAUACGCCUAGCAGGAAAGACAAAUUGACGCCAAAAGUGCUUGUAACCUGGUAUUUAAAUUCAGUUUGUUGUACCUGUUCUAGAAAGCAUCUGUAGCGAGGAAUACUGUUUUUUACUUGGUAUUUAAAUUGAUGUAUUAUAGACUAUCCCUAUUGAGCCAUUGAUUGGUUGCUCAAAUCUGAAUACCAAAUUUUCUUCAUUACUCUGAAUUUCGUUAUGCGAUUUAACUUCUUUUAUGUUGUGGUGAUACACUUGCAGAUGAGAAUACGAAGCUAACUUUUUUUCACAUGGCAAUUUAUAGCUCCAAAGAGCAUGCUGAUAGUCUGCUAUUGACACUUCAUGAUAAUUCUUUCAAUUAUCAUUUUUUUCUCAUCUCAUUACUGUCCAUAUUCUUAUAUCUUUCUGUUAAAGCACCAGGGACAGAACCCGAAGUAUUCAAGGUUCAGAGUUGACAGCAUUAUAGCAGGUACACACAUUCUCAUUUACAGGUAAAUGCAUUUAAAAAUAUAUAUAUAUAUACUUGUAAAUGGACUUACAAUGCUAUCGAGAGCUGAAGGUCUGGAAAUGCUUAUGCAGUAAUUUAUGGGAGGGUAAAAUGUUGUUAUCUACAGAAUCAUGUUAAUGAACUGUAAGCUGUUUCUAUCUGAAGGUUGGCUCUCUGUACUUUCCGGUUCUUGUCCCGUUGUGUGGAAAGCUGCAUCACCAAGCCUACAGAGGUUUUUUUAUUGUUGUCAGCGGCCUGCCCGCCUGUGCAAGUAUGUAUCAACUAUCAAUACUAUUGCUUUCUAAAUACUCUGCUUGGCCCUUGUGAUGUGAGCAACUCAAAGUGGUCUAUGCUUUUUGUAUUUUAUAUUUACAUGCUCACAACAACCUUUAGACAGCACUGAUUGAUGGCUCAAUUGCCAGUUGCAAAUUUCAGAUACGUCCUUGUUUCAGAAUCUCUUUGAUUUGCAAUUUUAUCAAGAUUAAUUUGACAUCCACAUUACUGGAAAGAUAACAAACCUGGUACGUUAUUGCCUGGUUACUACAUUAUAUUAUUUCCAAGUGAAGUCAAAAUUAGAUGCAACACUUCUGAAAUUGUGCUUGAACUAUUGCACAUGUAUCUGAUUCUUGCGUAGGGAUGACAGUUGAACCCACGUGUGUGGGUGCAUGCGGGCACCGCAGCCGCUAGGGUAUGGCCGCGGGUGCCAAAUUGUACCCGUUGGUCUCAUCGGGUUGGGCCCUGAAAUGUACGAGGGUCAGGUGCGGGCGCUAAAUCCCCACCCGAAGGGUGCCUAUCCGGGCCUGAAAUAUAAGGAACAUCUCAUGUAACUAAGUAGAUGUCUAGUUGUUAAAAACAUGUUUGACAUCUAAGUAUUAAUUUUUUAGUCCAUUUCAAAAACUUGUAUAAUUACAUGGCACCAAUACGGUAGUUGACUAGAUGUGUGAUAUAUAGAUGACAAACUUCUCUUGUUUUCCACUUUCUAUAGUUAUUAAUACAAUCAUGAUGAUAUAUUACUUGUGAGAUUAACAUAACCAACAGGUGCCCAAAAUCCGCAGAUGCAGGAGGUGUGUCGAGGGUGGGUGUGAUAAUACGUUGCCAGUGUUGUCGCAGGCAGAUAUUUGCUCUACUCGCAUCACACUCAACCCGUUGACAUCCCUUCUUGCAAGGUUUCCUAUGUUCAAAUUUGCCAUUGAAAGAGCACGCAUAAGCAUCCUAGAAUGAUUUACAUGUUUACUUGAGAUGUUUGUAUUACCUGUAGUUUCAGUUUCAUUGAAUUUGAUAUGUUAGCCCACACAUGGUCUUGAUUAUUUUAAUCUACUAUGUUACUAGCCA